AUGGCAUCGGCAGCAGUUCAACAGCCUGGUGGUCACUCGACCUCGUUCGAACCUCUGACGGCACAAUUGAAGAGCACUUCCGUGCCCCAACCCGAGAAACAUCAUGUCCAUACCCAGUUGAACUACUACAAGGAUCCUGGCGAUGGAAGCCCCCCGGCUCCAACUUACGUUGGGAAGCCAGAGACCUACGAGAGACCUGUCGAACCAGUGGAUGUGACGAUACAUGAUAUCAGAGGUGAAGAAAAGAACUACACGCUCGACAAGAAUGGCUUCGAGAUCUAUCGUCACACGAGUAUUGAAAAGGACUUUCUUGACGAUGAACAAAUCAAGGCAAAUUACUACCCAGAGACCGAACAGCUGUUGAAGGAUGCAACUGGAGCCUCCCGGGUCUUGAUCUUCGAUCACACGAUCCGCCGAGCGCAGAAGGACCAGCGAGGAAGUCCCAUCACAACUCCUCUGCGUGGCCCUGUGAACCGUGUACACAUCGAUCAGAGCUACAGCGCCGCCAAGUCGCGAGUUCCUUACCAUCUCCCCGACGAGGCUGAUACCUUGCUCAAGAGCCGCUACCAGAUCAUCAACGUCUGGCGACCCAUCAAGACGAUCCUCAAGGAUCCCCUCGCCGUGGCUGAGGCACACUCGGUGCCAGACUCCGACCUCAUUGGCGUCGGUCUGAUCUACCCCAACCGACAAGGCGAGACCUACACUGUGCGACCCAACCCGGAGCACCAGUGGCACUAUCUGUAUGGCCAGACGCCAGAAGAAGUGCUUUUGAUCAAAUGCUUUGACUCAAAGUUGGACGGCCGGGCCAGGAGAGUGCCACAUACGGCGUUUGUGAACCCCGAGACGGUCAAUGAGUACUCGCGAGAGUCGAUUGAGGUGCGAGCAUUGGUCUUCCACGAGGAUCAGACCGCAGAAUAA